AUCACUGUGCGCGGCCUCUCUUUACACGAACAAAGAGUUUCUUGGGGAUCUCGCGAGCGAGCAAAGUGCCAAGCUACGAAGUGGCACGCGCUUCUGACAGUCAGUGGUCCAGUGGACGAGCGAAGAGUUAAGUCGAAUAAGCGAGAGGGUGGCGAGGUGGGCACUUGCGAUCACUCAUACCAUUCCUUCGCACCUCCUCGCAAACCUUCUUUUUUUCACUUUCCAUUUCUUCAAUAUUUACCGAGGACUGUGAUUCAGUUCGACUUACAUUCACACUAACUUUCCGACUGGAUUUUUACUUCAAUAUCUCGGAAGUACGGACAGCCGAAGCUAAACGUGUUGGAAACUAAUUUAUUGUUUCGUCUCAACUCCGGGCAACUGCGUGGAAAAUAUCACCUGAUUUUAAUCGCGCAUCCGUUUGGCUUGAAGCUUCGAUCAAAAAUGGGAAUCGUCGAUUGGUACAAUGACGUCAUGCAAAAUAAGAUCGAUCCACGGACGAGUGACUGGUUCAUGGUUACCGGACCAGGACCUUUGCUCAUGAUCGUUAUGUCGUACAUAUACUUCAGCACGUCGGCAGGACCCCGAUACAUGCGUGACAAGAAACCGUACACCCUCAGGAAUACUCUCAUUUUUUACAACUUCACACAGGUCGUACUCAGCAUCAUACUGGUUUACGAAGGUUAUAGCGCUGGUUGGCUAUGGAAGUAUCGAUUCUCGUGCGAACCGGUCGAUCGAUCGAUGGAUCCAACUGCGAUCAGGAUGGCACGCGCUGUGUGGCUGUACUACAUAUGUAAAUUGAUCGAGCUCCUCGACACAGUUUUCUUCGUUUUACGGAAGAAACAACGUCAAAUAUCAUUUCUUCACGUAUAUCACCAUGCACUGAUGCCCAUCGCCGCAUGGAUAGGCGUAAGAUUUUUCCCCGGCGGACAUGCCACGCUGCUCGGUUUCAUAAAUUCAUUUAUUCACAUAUUAAUGUACACGUAUUACAUGCUUUCGGCAAUGGGACCCCAGAUACAAAAAUAUUUGUGGUGGAAAAAGUAUCUUACGUCUCUCCAGCUCAUCCAAUUUUCCAUAGUCUUCGUACAAAAUAUUCCGGGCGCAUUUACCAAUUGCCAUUUCCCAAAAGAGCUCGCUUACCUGUUGUUGAUAAACGCGUUUCUCUUCAUUUACAUGUUCGGCUCGUUUUAUGUGAAAAAUUAUCGUAGCUCAAGGUCAAUCGGUGAAACUAACAAAAAUUCUAAUAGCACUGUCGACACUCAUCGGCGAAUGAAUAAUGUUAAGACCGAUUGAGCGCGACGUUAUAUCAGUCGAAAAUAAAUAUGAGCGAGAAAUAAUUCGAGGGGUUUUUCUGGGUCACGUUGCAAUUGGCGAUCGAUCUCGUACGUUGUACCUCCACGGGCAUCCGAUCAUCACUUUUUUCCAAGCACCGUUCCCUACCUUAUUAAACGUCGAUCAGACGCUCUUUUUAGUACAAUACCGACUGAGUUAUUCAAUUAGGAUUGGAAGUGCUGAUAAAUAUACUAGACAAUUGCGAAAUUUCACAAUUAUCAAAUCUCUGUUACUUCACAAAAGGCUCAAAGUAUCGACUCCAGAAAUGUUCACUUUUACAAAACUGUACAUAACUGCGUAGCCGAUCAUGAAUUAUCGACGAUCGGUAAAAGAGGUAUUGACGGAAGUAAACCAUCAGUUUUUAUCCCUUUCAUCCUCUAUACUUAUUCCUCUCGAUGUUGUUGUCAUUAUCACUGGUUUCAAUACUUUUUCGGAUCUGCAAUUACGUACUAUUUGAAUGUCACUGAAGUUGUGAUAUAUGCUUGGGGGUAAUGACAUUCAAAUGAACCGAGCCAAAUUUUCAACAUUACGUUCUUGUUGUUAACGAAGUAAUUGAAUUACUUACUCAACCUAGAAUGAGACUUGAAGUUUGAAAACGACAAGAACUUUACCCAUUUUACAUUCUUCCGAAUAUAUGUACACUAUUUUCAUACAUGUAGAUGCACCAGAUUAACGAACCACAAAUUGUACCGUUGAGAAGAACCGAUUUUUGUAGGGGUACAGAUUUUUUAUUUUUUAUUUUUAUUUUUAUUUUUUUUUAAUUUACACAUUACGUAUAUAGUUUUUAUUUAUAAUAAAUACCUAGUUCUUAAUCGAUACCACUUUUAUACCUUUUAAUAUGAAGCAUUGUAAUUUUUGUUCCAUGUUAUAAAUAUGUUGGACGAAAGGGCAAAAAAAUGCGUUGCUGUACAUUUCAUCCAUUGUAUCACGUCAGGCUCAUGUAUUUUCUUCCGGACCAAUGACUUUCGUCAAUUAGAUCGAAGUAAUUAACAAUUGAAUAAAUGAAAAUUUACUGAAUAUAUUGUCGAUUAUUUAUAAAUAAAUCGACUCAGUCAGUUAAA